AUGCCGGGAAUUUUACCUAUGAAAGUGAUCAAGGUCGGUGGCACCGGCGUACAAAGUCGGAUCGCCCAGGCCUGUGAUCGAUGCCGAAGCAAGAAAAUCCGGUGCGACGGCAUCCGACCAUGCUGUACACAAUGCGCCCAUGUCGGAUUCGAAUGUAAAACGAGCGAUAAGUUGAGCCGCCGGGCCUUUCCUCGAGGAUACACCGAGUCUCUUGAGGAGCGGGUGCGGGCCCUGGAAUCCGAAGUGAAAGAUUUGAAGAAUCUGCUGGACGAGAAGGAUGAGAAAAUCGAUGUUCUGUCGCGCAUACACUCCUUUUCACCAUCGCAACGCGCGGCCCCCAUACGAUCUCCCUCCACAUCCACCACAACCAAGUCCCCUCCGGAUGAAUCCGGGGGUGUUAUUCAUAUUGAACGACUCUCCCGUCAGCUUAUGCAAUCUUCCAAUAAUCCCUAUACUGCUUUGUCCAGCACCCAAGGCUUUGCUGGAGUUUUCACCGAUAAACUGUUGAACCAGGGACGAUCAACAUCGAAACUUUCAACAUACGAGCUAGCAAAAUUGUCGCAUCCUGUCUCUCGUGGCAUGCUUAACCAGCCUAUUAGGACACCACCUCGUUUGGUGUCAGACCAACUUAUCAAUAUAUUCUUCCAAGAAUGGGCCCCUUUGUACCCGGUGGUGCAUCGCCCGACUAUUUUGAAAGCCUAUGAACAAUAUCUUAAUGGCUCCGGCUCAUUGAAAAGCGACUUUCAUAUGAUGGCCCAGUUAAAUUUAAUUUUUGGAAUUGCCGCUCUUUCGUCUGGUUCGCGAACUAACCAAGAUCCCACCUUUUUCGAGGAGAAUUGGUCGAGUCUCCUGGAUUCCGUCUCCGAUGAAACGUCAAUGAAAAGCCUGCAGUGUUUCGUUCUCGCUCAAGUUUACUGUAUGACCAAAACCGAUUAUCGCAGCCUGUUGCGCUAUCGUGCUCUUGCGGUGGAUGUUUGUCACCAACUCGGACUUAAUCAGGAGAGCCUGGCGUCUAACACGCUGGAAGUGGAGACUUGCAAGAAAGUCUUCUGGUGUCAAUAUGUGUUGGAUCGCUUCUCGUCUGCUCUGACUGGAAUGCCCGUUCUCCUACGCGAGGCUGAUAUCCAGACCGAGUAUCCUGUCGACGUGGACGACGAAUACGUCACAGAGACCGGCUUCUUGCCUACUCUUCCUGGCGAGUCCACUCGUCUUUCAAGCGCCCUUGCGCUUUUUGGAGUUUCCCGCAUUUUAAGUCAGGUCUUGGAGCAAUUGUACCCUUCAAAGGCUGCAUAUAACAUUUCUGUCUCCAAGAUGCGUGCUGUCACCGAGCAGUUAGAUGAAUGGCUCCAUACGUUGCCUUCUCAUCUUCGCCUUGAGUUCUCCCAGGACAAACCCAGCACGAAUGUGACAAGCAGCCGAUCGCCUCUUUUGUCUCUUGUAUACUUUUUUAUCCGGUCCCUGAUUCAUCGCCCUGCUGUGUGUUUCGCCGACGAAAAUCUACGCUCGCGAUCAGUUCUCGCAAUGUCCGAUUCUUCGAAGCAUAUCAUUCAAAUACUGGAACUUCUUGAUGAGCGUCGAUUGUGUCUUUCAUUCAGUCUCAACCGCAAGGAAUUGGUGUUCUUUUCUGGCCUUGGACUCCUGUGGCAAACUAUUGGCUUGAAACGUGACAGUAAACUGGCCAAGGAGAGCCAGAAACUUCUCGCUACAGCGACGCAGCAACUGGGGGCAGAGUCAUCCGCCGCGGCUGCCGAGUUUAGCCACAUCAUCAAUAUUCUGGUGCCAUGUGAAAACCAGGGCACCCUUUCUCACAAGCACGAAACUGAGAUGGCAGCUCCAAAUAAGUCAUUCAAAUCCCCGAAGAAGCAGCUGCAGUCGCUAAAGUCCGGCAUCUCCUCCAGCAUGGGUCGAGACCACGCCCCCAAGCAGGCCUCGCCUUCUCGCCGGAAUACAGUUUCUGGUGCUACCCUUACAACCGCUGCUCAAUCCCUUCGCUCUCCCAGCUGGAACAGCCUGCCCCCGUCACAGCCAGAUCAUCUUUCCACCCCCAAUUUCCAAACCGGUCGGCAUUCUUUCGACCUGUCCUCGGACCCUCACAUGCUGUCUACGGGAUACGAUUACACCCGAGAUAUGUCUACCUCAACUCCAUCCGAUGCCACACGGGGCGCUAUCACAAUGGCUGAUUGGGAGUAUGUUCUCAGCGAUAUGGAUCGGGGAUAUUCAAACAUUUUCAAUGGAAUUUACGGUGGUAAAGAAUGUGGAGAAGACCCCGGGCCUUUCGCAUCCAUCACCGCCGAGUAUAACCGGAAGGCCAACGACGGGCUUGCCAUGCCUUCGCCCUCCGAUAUGGUCAAGCUAUCCCCCGAAUCUUGGUCUGCCAGUAGUGGCGACUAUGCGAACCAACAGGACCAUGUCGCACAGAGUGUUCUGAGUUACUCAGGGGAAAGUAUGAGUAGUGAGGACAAUCUGCUACUCGCUGACGUCUCGGGCCGUGCGGAGGAUAUGGGUCUUUAUGAUUCUUUCCAUGGUCUUUCAAUGCCGCCCAAAGAAGAUAUUGAUGAGUUGGCUCUCGUGAACGGUUGGGACCGUCGGUUAGCUGCUUGA